AGAGAGAGAAGCAGCAGCAGCGAUCGACCCCAGGCUGUGUGCUGUACUGCGGGUACAACAACAACAUCCUCGGCAAGGUGUCUGAUGCGGAUCUCUCUGCCCUUCAUCCCCUUAAAGAGGGGCUUCCAUGACUGCCGUCACUGACGCUCCAGCUGCUGAAGCCAAUGGAUCAUGGUCUGUUUGAGAUGGAGGGCAGCGCAAUGUCACAAGUUGGCGUGGAUGGCUUUGAGCUCUGUGACAAUAUAUCAGACUCCGAAGCCCUCACAGCUCAAACUCGAAACCUCAAUCAGACGCUUGCACAAACGCUCCCGAUUCCCCAAAAUGAGGAGGCAGGAUCAUGUUGCCCCAUCCAGAAAACCCCUCUGGACAACAGCAGGGAGGAGGAAACGGGAAAAGAGGAACACUCAGAAGAAAGCAGAGAUGUGGAUGAGGAAGAGGAUGUUGAUGAAAUGAUGAAGGAAGAAGAAGAGGAGGAAUCGGAGGCAUCAAGUUCACUGAUAUGUUGCCAGUCGCCAGAUACUCCAAUGACUGAUUCCUCAUAUUCAGAGACAGGCAGUCUGUUGGAGACUCCAUAUCCUUUCAGCCCUGGGACCAGUCCAGAACCUACAUCUCCCGUCAUUCCACUCAUCAUUCCAGACUCCUUUGAACUGCAUCAAAGCUGUACUGAAGUCAUUUCUAGUACCACCAAGUCUGGGUUGGUCCACUGCAGAACAGAGGCUACAGCAGUAGGCUUAUCUUCAAACAUUAUGACCUCAGGCAUACAGCCUGACAGCUCUUCUAUUGGCAACACAACAGCCUCUGAUACAAUAUUAAAGGACUCUUUUUCAGAACAGCUUACCUCUCCUGAGGAGCCUGUCUCCAGCUGUGGGCCCACAGGACCUUUGUGCUUAGGUGGGCUUGACACUUCUACGGACUCUGCCUCUCAGAUUGUAUCAGCAGACACCUCAGCCGUCACUACAGGCAGUAAAAGCACGGCUACAGAGUUCACUUCAAGCUUAUUAUCUGAUUCCUCACAUCAGAACGAGUUUAUCUCCACCACAGUCCCUGAUUCCUCUUUAGUCUCAACCUGCUCAACAGGAUCUAUUUUAGGCCCAACUUUCCUGGAGUCUCUAGAGGAGCUGGCAGAAAGAAAUGAUGGCCGCCUUCCACAUUACCUUCACCAGAUCGCUGAGACCUUUGUCCUUCAGAAAGACUACCAGAGAGCUUUACUGUUUCUCCAGCUAGAGCAGCUUUACCACCAGAGACUGUUGGAAAACCUGAAUGCACUUCAACAGCAGUGGGUGAGUCAGUGUGGAGGAACAUCCCCUGAGCUGGCAGCCUCCCAGCUGGACUCACUGAAGCACCUGUGCCAGACGCAUACCAGACCAAGGACACGAGAUGCUGAGGUUACUCUUCAGGACAACCUGAGACUGAAGUUUGACGGAGGUGUUUCACAGCUCUCAUGUAUCUCAUCCCUUCAGGUUAAAGGAGAGAUGGAGGAGAGAGCUGAGGACUCCUCUUCUCCAACCACAACCUCUGCUUGUUUGCUUACAAGGCUCAGUCUGCCUGAUACAGACGGGGAAGACCUGAAUGGAAAAUCAGAGGGGAGGGACACUUUUUAUGGCUCUGAUCUGACUCGAUUGCAAGCUCGCAGCAGAGAGGUGGAAGGAGGGGAAGAAGACACCAUUUCCACCGGGGGAAAUGGGCUGCACCCCUCCACAGCUGGGGGAAUGGAUCGCUCCGAUCCUGCAGAGCAGCAGGAGGAAGAUUUAGGACUGUCAGGGGAAGGAGAGAGAAAGGUGGAGGAAGAGGACAAGAGCGAAGUAGAGGAGGCAGCAGAGGCUCUGGAGAUGGAAGAUGAGGGGACUGAGGAUGAUGGAGAGGACAUGCAGAGCAAAGGAGACUCUCAUUUAUUGGAAGGAGCUCCCUCUGUGGAGACUCUGGUCAGUGGGGCAGAGUGGCAGCUGCACAGGGAUACUUCUGCUAAGGAGAAGCUACAUGUACAGCAGCAGACUCAGGAGGACACUGGAACCUACCUGAAGGAGCAGGAGGCACUCCCUUCCAAGGAGGCUGACAUGGAGCGGCAACAACGAUAUGCAGAGGAGAGCGAGGAAGAAGAGGAGUACGAUGGUGACUUUCUCAGGAGAACCCCUUCUUUGGACGACAAGGCAAAGCUCAUCACCGUGGAAGAGGUCUCCCCAGCCUCCGGACUUGUCUCAAUCUUAAAAAAGCGAAGCGUAUAUGUGGACAGCCUGGAGUCUGCAGGUCCGGAGCCCGGACCUGAGAAACCCACCGCCAAAAGACGAGUCCGCUUCACAGUUCCUGAUGAUAGCUAUGACCAGGAGGUUGGUGGUGGAGACUCCUGCCUGCUCCUCUUCCUCCUUUGCCUGGUUACUGUAGUCAUCAGUAUCGGUGGAACUGCCCUGUAUUGUGCUCUGGGUGAUGCCCAGUCCUCGGUCUGUCAGGACUUCUCCAGAAAUAUAGACUUCUACAUCCUCCAGAUGCGUCGUGGGUUAGCUCAGCUGCAGCACUGGUAUACCUCUGGGUUGUAGCAGAAGACGUGGAGCCUCUGCCAUGUCGAUUCCUGCUACUUCUCAGGACAAAGAGUGUUGAGGUAAAGGCUCCUCAUGGGCACUAAAGAGCUUACUGCCAUUUGUUGAAUGGCUGAACGUCUGCUUUGGAGGCAUUGGCGUUUUUUUUCAAGCCUGCAAUAUUAAUUCUCUGUGAAUACAAUUCCAGUGCACUUUUAAAAGCAUAGUUCAAACGUCUGUUUACAGGGAAAAUUGCAAAACAAAAACUUCAAGAUGUAACUUGUGAUGUCUUAAUUUUUUUGUACGACAGAAUAUCUGUUGGCUGCAAAAUGUCUGUUUUUACAGAAGGAAAAAAAGUAUUUGUGCACAACUUGGAGAAGCAAAUACUGUACCUUCAAAUGUGUCGGAUAAAACAUUGUCUUUACAUGCAAACUACAGCUAAAGAUGAAAAUUGUACAUCAGUGUCUAGUUCAGUGUCUGUUCACAUGUGGGAUAAAAACUCACUAAGGUUUUUAUAAUUGGUGCAACAGCAGCUGUUGCUUUUAUGUAGAUUUUUAAAUAACAGGAACUGUACCCUGAUAGACAGUAACUCUGCAUCUAUCUGCUACUUUGAAUGAAAUCACAAAGUCCUAAGUGUAUCUUAAAAUUUUAAGCAAAUGUUUUGAGAUUAAUCAUACACCUUGAAACAUCUUUAAAAUGAAAAUUUGUAAUUGUGAAAAUAUUUUAUAAUUUAUUAUCAGUGCACUGCUAAUGAUGUAAAAUCAUGUCCCAUUUGU